AUGGACGGAAAUUCGUCGGAACAUGGGCAUCACAGAUCACUCGAAGGGGAUGAACUCAACCGUUACGUAUCCAACCUACCAGAUGGGGUCAACAAGAUCAAGAUAAGGGAGAUUUUCAAGGUGUUUGGAAAGGUGGUAGAUAUCUAUAUUGGAAGAAAGAGAGAUAGGUCAGGAUCCUUAUUAACUUUUGUUAGAUUCAAUGGGGUCCGGGAUGCGAAAUCCCUGGAGCAAGACAUGAAUAGAGUCAGAUGUGACCAUUGUAUUCUCAAAGUCAAUAUUGCCAGGUACCAAAAAUGA